UCUCUCAUCACGUAGUGGAGUUGGAUUGAUUUCGACGCGCAUGUAGCUUUGCUGAAUCACAUCUAGAGAGAUAGAUAUACAGCGAGGAGGAGGAGGAGGAGGAGGAAAAGGAGAAAAAAUGGCGGUGAGAACUGGGGUUGUGAAGGCAGUUAUCGGGUUAAUGGCGAUUUGCUUGGCAGCAUAUAUAGUGGGGCCGCCUCUGUAUUGGCACUUGAUGGAGGGAUUGGCGUCUGCUUCAGCUACUUGCCCUUCUUGUAACUGCGAUUGUGAUGCUUUGCCCCUUCUCUCAAUUCCUCAAGGACUUCAUAAUGCUUCCUUUGCAGAUUGCGCGAAGCACGAUCCAGAUGUGAGUGAGGACACACAGAAGAAUUUUGCAGAGCUACUAUCGGAGGAGUUAAAGCUGCGAGAAACAGAAGCUCUGGAGAAUCAGCAGCGUGCUGACAUGGCACUGCUUGAAGCGAAGAAGAUGACGUCCCAGUACCAGAAAGAGGCCGACAAGUGCAACUCUGGAAUGGAGACGUGCGAGGAGGCAAGGGAAAAGGCUGAAGCAGCUUUAUUAGCGCAGAAACGGGUGACAGCAAUGUGGGAGCAAAGGGCACGCCAAAAAGGUUGGAAGGAAGGAAACGGCAGGGCUCAGUCCUAGCUUAUUAUCACACGCAGUCUAUAAGAAAUACCCAAAAUUGUCAUAUAUAGUUUCAUCCAGUCGGUUAAACGAGCAUGAUGCUCUGCUUGAAGGGCAUCACAAGCUCCGUAUACCUGGUGUUUUUUGCUGAAAGCAAGCAUCAGCUCUUUCAAGUCUGAAAAAUAUAAUAUCUUCUUCAUGUAGAGGUAACAUUGUCACCAUUAUUGUUGUUACUAUUAUUGAUUGAUCUUAGAAAUCCAAGAAAUGUUUCAGAGCUUA